AUGCGCUGCGGCUGCUCCCGAAGCAAUUCUGACAAUGAAGACCCGAAAGCAAACACGAGCACCCCCACAGCUGCAUGUGACGAUUCGUCGGGCAGUCAUGGCUCGUUUUUGCCCUCCGCCGAAGCGACAAACCGAGGUGGAGACGGGAAGGCGAAAGAGGGGAGAACGCAGAGACACAAAGAAAAAGAACUCGUUCGAUUGAGUUCGUUGCGUUCUGCUGCCUGGCGGUCCGUCGACCCUGCUGUCUCUCCCGAUUUGCCGCCUACACCGCCUUCGUCUUCGUCGCGCCUCGCGGCUUCACGUCGCAGAGGCGGCAACCUUAUUGCGGAUCGGCGACGCGCGCGGACUUGCGAAGAAGCUUUCGUUCUUGCUACUGAGCGAGCGUUCGGAGUCACGUGGAAGGAGGCUAUCCGAGCUGUCAAACGAAAGAGAGGAAUGUUCAAAAUGCUUCAGGAGAUCUUCGCUCAAGACGAGACGCGCUUUCGAGUUGGCAUGCGCCUGUGGGCGGAAGAGCUCAGCGCAGGCAGCGGAUUCAGCGUGGAGGAAGAGCGAGGCAGUAGAUGGCGAAGGCCAGAAGCAGACCCAGGCAAAUCUGAGGACGAAGCAGGGAAGGAGAAGCGGGGAAUUGAGUGGAUCCGCGAAAGACAAGGUGACGAUACAGAAAAACGUGGACGAAAGCCUCUCCUCUUCGACAGAGUCGAAGACACAAAAGAAUCCAGAGAGGGAAGCUGCGUACGACAGGCAAGCAGCCACCGCCUGCACGCGGCGGAGGAUCCACAAUCCGACACAAAGGGACAGUUGCUAGACGACCUCGUGAGAGCGAUUGGGCAGGACUGGAAGAAGUUGCCCAUCGUCCUCGAGAUCUUACGAGAAGCUGAUCCUUCCUUGUGCUCUGUCUUAGCCGAUGCAAGCGUCCCCUCUUCUUCCUCUUUGGUUCGUGCUGGCGCCUCUCGGUCGCUCACCGGUUUUUUCCUCUCAGCUCCACGAAAGGCAAAAGCAGCACCACCGAGCCUCUCGCGAAAAACAAAACUCCAAGCAUCGAAGGCCGAACAAGGCCUUUCGUCUCUCGCCGACUUGCUGGCGCGAAUUCUCGCCCUUCUGGGAAGAGGGCACCCUCGUCGCUUCCUCAGGGACGUGUUGCCGGAGGCGCUUCUGGCGGACGAAGACGCUGUCUCUCUCGUCGCGCUGAGACUGCUUCCUCUCUGGGGUGACCACGUGAAGAGCAUCCUGGGCGGUGGAGAAGUGACAGAGAAGAAACGAGAUGGCGGACGAGGCAAGAACGCUGGGGAAGAAGAGGCAAGCCCACGCGGCAGCAUGCGCCACCAGAUGUAUGAGCGAGGCGAACACAGAGGAGACGAACGCGACGACACGGCGGAGACAAGCAGCCACAGCCGACUGAGGAAGACAGCAGUGGAAGACCGAAACGAUGCCAAAGGUGUACAGUGUCAAGCGACAGGAGACGAAGAGCAAAACGUCCCGGAAACGAGACUGGAAAAGUGGAUUGCUGCGAGCGAGUAUUUAUUACAGUCCUGUUGCAACGAGGUGAGGAAGGAUCCAACUGUCUCCAUUUAG